AUGGGCAAUACGGCAUCCUCAGGGCCCAAAAUCACGCCGCAGGAUAAAGCAAUUUUGCAAUUGAAAUUGCAAAGAGAUAAGCUUCACAAAGUGUCGGUCAAAAUUCAGACGGUUAUUGACAGAGAGACAGAGAUCGCCAAGCAAUGCGUCAAACAAAAUAAUCGUAGGAAAGCCCUCUUGGCGUUGAGGAAGAAGAAAUAUCAGCAAAACCUACUUUCUACAGUGGAAAAGCAAGCUGAAACGCUGGAAGAGCUGAUCAAUACAAUUGAGUUCAGGCUUAUCGAAAAAGACUUUGUUUACGGCCUAGAGCAGGGGAAUCAAGUCCUCAAACAGUUAAACAAAGAAAUGAGCAUAGAGAAAGUGGAUAAAAUAUUGGACGAUUCAGAAGAGGGAAUUAGGUACCAGGAAGAGUUGAGCAAUAGACUGGGAGAACUCAUGUCUAAGAGUCUAGAAGAUGAAGUGGAUCUGGAGCUCGAGGAACUGGAAAAACAAGAGAGAGCAAAGGAGGCUUCCCAGAAAGAUGUUGCGACCCGACUUCCAGACGUUGUCAACAAGCCUCUGCCCGAUGUCAAAAAGGAGCAACCAAAGGAGCGCGAAGAGGAGCAACCUGCCCCACUACCUGCAUGAAUAUUUAUCUUUAUUUAUUACCAGUGUCUUCAUAGCCGGUCUAUGAUUAUUUACAUCGGGAUAGGCUCAUCGAGCCACUCAAGGAAUUCUGGAGUGAAGUAUGAGAUGAUGAUUCUGGCCCCCGCUCUGAGGAACCCGUAAUGAGCCUCGAAAGCGAUCGUUUUCAGGUCGACAACGCCCUUUUCAGCUGCAGCGUGCAACAUGGCGUACUCGCCACUGACAUGGUAGCAGCCAACAGGAUAAUCUCCACAUAAGUCGCUGGCCUCUCUAACAAUGUCCAAAUAGAAAGUGGACGGUUUAAUUAGAAUACCGUCCGCUCCUUCCGAAAUGUCCCUAGCCAGGGCUCUUCUUGCCAAACCUCUUCCACCAGAUGGUAGCUGAUAACACUUUCUGUCUCCUUGGCCAGGACUAGAGCAUGCAGCAUCUCUAAAGGGGCCAUAGAGAUUACCACUGAAUUUUGCAGAGUACGACAUCACAAAUGUCUUGUGGGCCAGACCUGCGUCUAUGAGGCCUUGUUUAAUAGCCUUGACACGGCCAUCAAUCAUAUCUGAUGGCGCAACAGAGUUUGCGCCGGCCUUUGCGUAGUUCACGGCAACUGCCGCGAUUCGUUGCACAGAAACCUCAGUGUUGAUAGUUCCAUCUUCGUACAACACACCACAGUGACCGUGUGAAGUGUACUCGCACAGGCAGACAUCGCACAUGAUGUAAAGCUGUGGAUAUGCUGACUUGAGGGCCUUGAUUGCCUGGAUAACAGGUCCGUCUGGGUCAUCUGCAGCAGUUCCCACGGGAUCCUUCACUCCAUCUUUCAGCGGAACUCCAAACAAAAUAACAGCCCUCAAGCCUUUCCUGACCAGGGUGCCCACGUAAGGAAUCAGUUUCUUGACGCCAAAUCUUUUGAUGUUUGGCAGCGAUGGAAUGUCUUCCUCAUCGUCCUCGUUAUCGGUCACAAAUAGUGGAAAUAUGAAAAUGUCUUUGGUCAGCUGUCUCUCAUGUUGCCACGAGCGAAGAAGAGGAUGGUUGUAACCUCCUUGGAGAAUCGACGAGAUCUCUG